AUGGAGAUCACCCACCUGGACGAGUGCGUGGCGUACUUCGAGGAGAUCUUCCCCGCGGACUGCAGCGGGGACAUCACCAAGGCGGACAUCCGGGCGUGCUGCAGGGCCGGGGUGGCCUUCCUGGAUGACGGGCUGUGCAUGUGCGAGGGGCAGGUCGCCCGCGGCAUGCUCCAGCAGCCCGGGCUGCUGGCAUCUUCCCCCCUGUGCGGCAUCCAGUUUCCCAUCCCGGACGACAUCGCCCACUUCGUGGCCGACCCCGGGUCUUCCAAGCCCGCCGCCAAGAUGUGCAAGAGGCACAAGAAGUCCAGCAUCCAAGGCCGCCUGUCGCCGAGGUUCCUGGGCCUGUCUCCGGCCGCCCUGGAGUCCGCUCUGCCUGGGGAGCUGCCCAAGUUCGAUGACCUGUACCGCCACCCGCCUAGGGGAGGCUUCGGCGUGAAUUACGAGGUUGUGACGGUCGGCCGGCCCAAGGCGUCCGUCAUAGUAAACGACAGGUCGAGGGAGAUGGACUUCGAUGCCCUGGUGGUGUACCCCGUGGAUUGGAGACUCCGUUCGGGAGAGGGUCGGCCGAGGAAGGUAUCUUCCGGUGGCCCCUUCCCUGUGCUGGCCUUCUCUCCGGGCUACCUCAUUCAUCCCCACAACCACUUUCGCACCUUCUACGAGCUGGCCAGCCACGGCGUCAUCGUCGUGGCGCAGUACUCAACGGUGGGGGUGUCCUCGGGCGUCGACGAAGGCGUCAUGGACGCCUGGGUUGAUGACAUCGUUUACAGCCUGGUCCAUGUGGUGGAGGCGGGAAAGACUGCGGGGUCCAUUCUGGAAGGAGGCGUGGAUCAGAGCAGGCUGGCAAUCGGCGGGCAUUCAAUGGGUGGAGCCCUGAGUCUUCCGGCCACGGUCCUUGCCAACGAGGAGUACGGCAUGGGCGUGGGCGCCUCCAUUCAUGUGUCCCCUGCGUGCAAGAUGAGGGCCGGUCAGUGCGAUAUGUCUACGGAAGCCGCAAGGAAGCUGAAGGGCGUUGCGGCCCUGUUCAUUGCUGGCGACGAGGAUGGCAUCGAGGCAUGGCAAUUCGCGGAUUUCUUCAGAUCGCAGGUUCCCGACUCGAGCGAAGCGGAGCUCGUGUUAAUCGAGGGCGCGUCGCACUGCCUGUGGGAGGAUGACCCGGAGGUAUGGACUUUCGUGGUGGAGUGCGGCAAGGGGAGCAAGUCGCCAUUCGAUGCCAUUUACGAGAUGCAAGAGGCAAUGAUUCGAUUUCUGGGCGAGCAGGGCUACAUCUCACAAGCGUGA